UGGACAAUUUAUUACUUAGAGACUCUUCUUUUUCAAAGGAAAUUUCUAAACUGGUGAUAUACUGCACUGAUACAAUAAUAAGUUGGAGUGAAACGAAUAUAGUUUGUUUUACUCCAACUUAUUGCACCGGUUCUUCACACUAGUUCAGGUUCAGAACUUUCUUCGAAAAAGAACAGGUGCUCGCGCAUGUGUUCUUUAUCCUGCCGACAAAAUCAGUUGUAUUAUUGUAUUGUUAUACGGAUUCGCAGAAUGUCUUUACUAGUUCGGAGAUGCAAAUUCGAUAGUUGCUGGUAUUCGACACUCGUAAAUAGGCUAAAGCUUAACGAGCUACCUACUUGGUCGUUAACUAACCUGAUUUGGACUUCGAGAAGUUUUUGCAAUGCACACGCGAAAUUAAAGAUUUUAGAUGACAAAACUAAAAAGUUUUUAGAUUAUCUCAUGAAUGAGUACAGAAACAAGUCCUGGCAAAGUAAUAACUUUAUCGAUUUUGUCGAUUUAAAUGCUUCCGGUAGUUUAUUUAAUGAAAGAGUACAACUUGUGGAAAAUAUUCAAAAUUUGCAUGAUUUAGGGCAACAAGAUGUAGAGAUAAAAAAAUUAGCAGAAGAAGAAACAAUGUUGUACAAAGAACAAUUAAAUGAACUUGAUGAAAGAUUGUUGCACAUGAUACUGACAACCAUGUAUAAAGAUUUUUACAGUAACAUCAUUAUUGAAAUAACGGCAGGUGUUGGUGGUAAGGAAGCAAUGCUGUUUGUCAAAGACUUGUAUGAUAUGUACAUAGGUUAUGCCAAGUAUUUAGAUUUGGAUCAUGAAGUGAUCGACAUACAGAUGGCUGAUAAGGGUAUUAGACAUGCCAGUAUUAUGAUUUCUGGUGAUCAAAUCAACAAGUUUCAACAUGAGGGUGGUGUACACAGAGUACAACGGAUACCAGCUACAGAAAAAUCAGGCAGAGUACAUACUAGUACUGCCUCAGUGGCUAUUCUGCCAGUGCCAUCAGAAAUACAGAUUAUGAUUAAUGAGAAUGAUCUAAAAAUAGACACAAAAAGAGCGUCUGGUGCAGGUGGUCAACACGUGAACACUACGGACUCUGCAGUGAGGAUAACGCAUUUGCCAAGUGGGUUAAGCGUUACCUGUCAGGUACAUAGAUCACAAGGGUCGAAUAAAAAAAUGGCGAUGGACAAACUGAGGAGUAUCCUGUAUGAACAGCAAUUGAAUAAGCAAACGUCGUUCACGAGUAAAUUACGGCAAAAGCAAAUGGGAAUGGGAUUCAGGAAUGAGAAGAUCAGGACAUACAAUUAUAAUCAGAAUCGUGUGACUGACCAUAGGCUAGGCCAAAAUGGGACUUUCAACAACUUGAUAGAAUUUAUGCAAGGUGGAGUAGCUCUAGAGGAAUUGGAGGACAGAUUGUAUAAUCACGUACAGAUAGAAACUCUGUUAGAAGUAAUAAAAAAAUUGGAGUCACAAUCAAAGUAAUGUUAAUUCAUUCUAGCAUCAUCAUUUUGAUAUAAAAGAUUGUAUAUAGGAUUUGUUUUACAUAGGCAUUGUACAGGACACAGAAUCAAAUAUAUGUAAUAUAUGUAGUAAUACUAACACAUUCUCAUUUAUAUUUGAUCGAGAUGACAUUCCUCUCACUUGAUAAGACAGACUAAUUUAAUUUUAUAUAUGUAUACACACACGCGCACGCACGCGCGCGCACACACACACACACACACACACACACACACACACAUAUAUUCGCCGAAUUUGCUGAUCAACAUAUGGAAUUUUGUAUUUAUUUUUUAUCUUA